GCAGAGAGAGAGAGAGAUCGGAGGGGAUCGCGCGCCGAGGUGGUAAGUAGAUCGGCCGGAGAGGAGGGAGAAGGAAGAUGAUACUCGCCGUGCUCUUCGCCAACUCCGAAGGCAACAUCCGCAUCGAGAAGAUGAUACCCUCCUACUCCCAACCACUCACACCACAUCGAGAGGCCUGGAGCGUCAGCUCCUGCAAGCCCCGCAACAGCGUCGCCUCCCUCCGCGAUGACAGCCUCGACACCUACUGGCAGUCGGACGGCGCGCAGCCGCACCUGGUCAACAUCCAGUUCCAGAAGAAGGUGCAGCUGCAGCUUGUUGUGCUGUACGUGGAUUUCAAGCUGGACGAGAGCUACACGCCCAGCAAGAUCUCCAUCCGGGCUGGCGACGGCUUCCACAAUCUCAAGGAAAUUAAAACGGUGGACCUUUUGAAGCCAGUAGGAUGGGUUCAUAUAUCAUUAUCUGGCGCUGAUCCCCGGUAUGGAUUUUGUAACUUAAACCCUGUGAUGCCUUUGUUUUCCUUCCUCUAGCACUGAAACUUCAGAAUGUAGCUCACCUUACCAUCUGAUGGCAUACUAUGCAUCUAUGUUUACAACUCCCGUAAUAAUUAAAUUCCAUUUCAACAUGUUGGAUGGCACUAGUUUUCAGCACACUGCCUGUGCAGGCCACUGCUUGCAUAAAUUUCAUGGUUUACUAUGUUACUAUUGUUGUUUUGCUAGUAGCUGAAUUUUCCUUAGAUUUUGAUAAACUUAGAUACUAUGUCAAAGUGCAAGAAUAUCUGACGCUGCAGCUAAUUCAUUUCAGUCUUAUAAUAACCCACUAGCUUUCAGUUUGACAUAUAAUUUGCCCACUACAAAAAUGUGAGGAAUUCAGAACUAAUUUAAGAAUGAUA